AAAAAUUAUUCCAGACCUUCAAUUUGCAUAAGUCUGGUCGCCCCAAGUCCGCUAAAGCCGUUGAUUUUCUAUAACCCCUGCGUUGCGUCGAGGUCUAUGGCGUCAAUUUUAAUCAUGAGUAUCUACAGAUUCGUAGAUUCACCUGCCGAGCUCUGUCAUCAUCAUGCUUACAACAACAACGGCAUUGUAUAAAAACGAACCAGAGUGCCGGCUUGUGUCCAAUUUUCCAACUCUAUAUCUGCCACCAUGUCUUUCAAAUACAACAAGAUCCUUAUUGUAGGCGCGACUUCCGGAAUCGGCUGGGCUCUUGCCGAGAAGAUGGUUCAAGACGGAAAGCACAUCAUCAUUGUCGGACGUCGACAAGAAAAGCUCGAUGAGUUCGUCAAGAAGCACGGUAGCGACAAAGUCGACUCGAUGGUCUUUGACAUCACAGAGCUCGAUCAAAUUUCCAAAUUUGCGCAAGACGUCACGAAGAAGCAUCCUGACCUUGACUCUGUCUUCCUCAACUCGGGAAUGCAGCGCUCGUUCGACUUCUCCAAACCUGAAACCGUGGACUUGGACCUGUUGGAGCUCGAAUUCAAGACAAACUACCUAUCGUAUAUGUACUUCACAAAGGCAUUCAUUCCUUUCUUCCAAAAUCAAUCUGGCGAGACAAGUCUCAUUUACACGACUUCCGGUCUUGCUCUCCUGCCUCUCCCUAGAUGCCCCAACUACUGCGCCUCAAAGGCUGCGCUGCACCACAUGAUUCUCUCGCUCCGAGAACAACUCAAGCAAGGACCAGGAAACAUCAAAGUCAUUGAGAUCUUCCCGCCAGCGGUACAGACGGAGUUGCAUGAUGCGAAACAUCAGCCAGAUGUCAAGGACGGAGGAAAUAUCGGCAUGCCGCUGGCAGAGUUUACAGCGGACGCGUGGGGGAAGCUGGUGAACGGGGACGACCAGGUUCCAGUAGGAACUUCGGUAAAUGCGUUCAAUGGAUUUGAGAAGCAGAGACAGGAAAUCUUCCAGAAGAUCAUGGUACCUACCUUGAAGGAAGGAAUGCACUAGGUGGUAGGAGUAAAGGGCGAUGGAGUGAACCUAUAGUAAUCGAACCUCCUCUUGACGGAGAGAAUGCACAUUUGUCGAACAACACAGCGACAAUCUCUCCC